AUGUCCUUUUACUCUUCCAGCGGGUAUCCCGUUACUUUUCGCCCGGCUGAUAGAGAACCUUCCAAGCACGGUUUUAAUGUAACCUACGAUGGCUUUUAUUACUACGAGCCAGACAUUAUGUUCGAGCCUCUUCUUUUUGACCAGACUGACGGAGAGAAGUCAAUCUUGACACCUGAAGAAAGCGCUCAACUUUUUCUGUGGUGGAAUACAACACCCGAGGGGUCACUUGUUUUAGAAAACGCCACGACACUUGCUGUGAAAACAGUAAGAAAAUGGCUGCAAGACUCCGAGUACCCGCCACAGAAUGAUGAAGAGGCAGAAAGCCAGUUCUUGGUAUUUUCAAAGGGAUUAGAAGAAGCUAAGAGACAGGUUACUUCAACAACAAGCAUUGAUCAGUUGAACAGAGGAAGUCCAAGGCUUUCAGUGGAAGUAAAGCUGGGGGCGAAAAUUCUUGCUAAAUUGAAGGAAAUUUUGUAUUUGUAA